GUGACUUGAAUCAUGAGGUUUAGACCUAUCGUAUAGAAGCGUUUCGUAAGACAAAGUUAACAAUAACAAAUAUUCAUCAGGUUUUCUUUAUCUUAGUCCCGCUUUUUCAAUCACGUCAUUUCAUACAAAACAGUAUUUAAGCGAGGAAGCAGUCUCGAAGCUUGGGACUGAAUCGAUCCCGCGCUAGUAGAUAGCAACGGCCGCCCACCUUCCAUUGUGGAUCACCGGUGGUGUUUGACUUGUGAGUGCGCAACAAUACAUAUCGAUUGUCGUCUGUAGCAGUCCCAUGGCUUAAUGCAAAGGUGGAAUAACUGCUACUAAGAGGGAUAGAUAGAUUACGGCUCGAGACACUAUUUCCUAGCGAUAUUAGCUUUCAUUAGCGCGGGGCCAAGCAGAAAUUCCCAAAUGAAGUUUGGUUGGCCGGGGAGCUCGAGGACAAGUCCGGCCGAAUUCAUGCCUUGUGCUGCCUGAACAUUACAUCAGAGGCUCGUCCAACCUGGGUGCCAAGUCACGUGAAGACCCCCGCGCUGAGUCAUUCUUACUGGUGCAACUGAAGUCUGCAUCCCACGGCCUGUGCGGAGAACGAAAAGAUCAUCUCGGGCUUGAAAAAAAGUGAUUGCGCAUUAAGAUCGCAGCCGGAACAUCCUCUCCGCGCUGCAGGCCUUUCUUUAGACGAGCAAUUCUCCCCGCAGCCCCUCGGGAUCUUGGUCCCGCUUGCAGCAACGUCAUCAGCCUGGCGUCUUUUGGGCGACCGAGCGGAAUCGAAGGGUCGCAGACCCAGGCUCCGGACUCCAUUACGAAAAUUGAUAAUGAUUCAGCAGCCACCAGUCCCGUAAUGGCGGGUGUUAAUCAUACUGCUGCCUCUAUGGCUGCUACCGAAAGCCUGCCUGGUCGCAAGCGCAAUGUCACUAUUGCGGGGAUGGACAGCUCACCGGGCAGUAUCGACGACGCCGAUGAUAACGACCGUGACGACAAGAGGCGACAACCCGUAAAGCGCGCCUGCAACGAAUGUCGUCAGCAAAAGCUUCGAUGCGAUGUCAUUCAGGACCCGUGGACCGACUGUUCCAGAUGUCGUCGGCUAAGACUCGACUGCAAGAUCGAGUCCAACUUCAAGCGGGUUGGAAAGCGCAGUCGCAAUGCGGAAAUGGAACGAGAAAUCAUCGAGCUCAGGAAGCAAAUCGCUACGGCAAAUUCGGGCCCAGGUACCUACCCGCAACAACCACCACUAGCCGCAGGUCAAGUGACGCCUAAGCAAGAAUCGAAUCAAGUCAGCCCCGCCAAUGUUUACCAGACCCCGUCAGCCAUGUCGGCGGAUCAGUAUAUGGGCUCUCAAGAAGCGGUCGCGUCGCUGCUUGAUUUGCGUUCGGGGUUCGAUGGAGCCAACUACAUGCGGAACGGCAAUCAUCAAUUCAAACGGAUUGAAGAUGUGAUGGUCGUUCCAGAGAAGGUUUCGGAAAUUUUCAAUCUGUUUUUUACGUAUUACCAUCCGUUUCUUCCUUUCCUCAACCGAACAAAGACCCCCGAAGACUACUAUACCGCCUCACCUCUACUUUUCUGGACAAUCAUCAGCGUCGGAGCUAGACGGUACCAGAGUGAUUCGGGCCUGUUGACUUCCCUCGCCGCGCCCGUUACUCGACUCGUGUGGAGUACAUUGGCGGAUAUUCCCCAAAGCUACCAUGUUGUGAAGGCGCUCUGCCUGCUCUGCUCAUGGCCCUUCCCAACAAGCAGUACUUCCACAGACCCAACGUUUAUGCUUUGUGGAAUGAUGAUCCAGGUCGCCAUGCAGCUUGGUCUCCAUCGCCCGUCGCACAGUCAGGACUUCAGCAAAUUCCGUGUGGAGCUAAUCGAGGAAGAGUUGAGGGAUAAGGUACAAACCUGGGCUAUUUGCAACAUUGUUGCACAGCGUGUAUCAACUGGUUACGGUCAACCGCCUUCAACACUUUACGACUGGACGUUGUCGAGUGACUCAUUAGACCCCAACUUCAAGUUGUCUGCGGAUAUCAGGCCUAGAUUGGAGGUUGAGAAGUUUUGUGAUAAAAUCACCAGAGCUCUGUACAGCAACCGGCGAGACCCCGUCGGUCUGACUACGGACCAAGAGAGACACACAAUGAUUUCUUUCCUUUCGCGUGACUUUGAUGAGAUCCAGGAGCAACUGAAAGCGCAAAAUGACUCCAUAACUAAUCUGUACUUACGUGCCUCAAACCUCCACUUACAUCUGUCCGCAUUUUUCGAUGAACCUUCAGCGAAAGACUACCGCGAGCGUCUGCUCUCGUUAUAUGUUGCCACCACAACGUUCCUCGAGGUUGUCAUGAAUCUCGAAACGGACGUUGGACCGGUGCUCAGUUAUACCCCAUAUUACAUUUAUCAGAUGAUGGUCGCAGCCGGCUGCACUCUUCUCAAGUUGAGUAAGAGUUUUUUCUCAUCCCAUAUCGAUAUGGAGUACACGAAAAAUCUGUUCAACCGUACUAUCUGGGCCAUCCGUGGCGUGUCGGUUUCCAGCAAUGACUUGCCUGAACGUCUAGCCGAAGUGCUUGCCCAGAUGUGGAGGCUCGGAGGUGGAACACAGCGAUCGGCUGGAAAUAGCACCGAUGUGGAUGAUUCGUUGCGACUCAAGGUCCGUUGCCGGAUGAGCAUGUCUCUCCUGUUCGACUCGGUAUGGCGAUGGCGAGAGGACACGCGGACUAAAGGUCGGAACAUUGAAGCAUAUCUCAAGAAUCCAACGAACCCAGAUUCUACGGCGGAUUCCUCUACCGCAUCUUCCGUUGGCCUACCACGGACCCAGUCAUCCACACCUGGAAUUUCCGGUGGUGACCCAAGUCUUGCACCUGCACCAAUGCUAGCGCAGCCAAGCCUUGGAAUCCAAGCGCCAGGAAGUAGCGUCGCCGGACUUCCGAGUGGGUUCAUGGAGCCGAACUACGAGGUCUUCGACCCGCUGAACUGGCUGCUCGAUGGUCUGGUAGAUUUGCCUUACUCUUACUCCACGAUAGGUGGCAUCGAGCCGCAAAGCAUUGCAUAGACGUAUAUGCACCGCUAUUUCUGUAGGCGUUUUCUUCCGGUUCUCUGCGGGCGUAUAUUGUUAACGCUUCUGUUUGUAUCAUUAUACCACACGGAUUCAAUCGUUGAUACCUUUUUGGGAGUUGUUUUUGUUAAAUUUCGUUGUCACUUAUCUUGACUUACUCGGGCCCCGCCUAUAUUUUUCCCCCACAUCUACGAGUUUCUUUGUCCGACUGUUAUCUAGUGUGUGGUGGGUGCAUGCUCAAAUUUGAGCCUCUUUUCGUUCUUUGUUGUGCUGGGCUGCAGUGUGGUAGUUCCGUGCUCGAAAAUGAGCCCUUCCUUUACUGUUUGUUUCUUUGUUUCCGUCCACUUAGUGUAGCAGCCACGAGCAACAUAGUCAGUGAUCUGAUUCGUGUAUGCAUUCGAAAUCACAUAUCCUAGAUCACUCGCAGUCCGAUUGGCU